CCGUCACCUACCAGUUUCGACAUCUCAACUGCCAGCCUCAACAUCCCAACCUCGAUUCCCAGGCCCAUGGCAGAAGACACCACCGACGACGAGCGCGAAGAGGAACUGUCAUCUAUCAAGGCCAUAUACCCAGACGAGCUCAUAGUAGAUCCACACGAUCCGUUUUCCGCGUCCAUCGAUAUCCUAGUCGCGCCCGCUACUCCGCUCGCCGUUGUCUUUCCCCAUCCCGUCGAUGGCGCUCCUCCGACCACUCUCCCGCCCUCACCCACAUCUCAGCUUGGAGCUCCUCCGAGCGUCCAGCCGAAGCGCGACAUCCACAAUCUGUCGUACCUGCCACCGCUGCGCCUUCAGCUAACGUUGCCCGACGGUUACCCCUCCGCGGCCGCCCCGAAGUUCCGUCUGAGCACAUCGCCACCAUGGAUCCCCGAGAAAUUAUUACAGAAGCUUCAGAAGGAGGGCGUGGGACUGUGGGAGGAAUACGGGCGCGAACAGGUGCUCUUCUCAUACAUCACUCAUCUGCAGGAUGCGGCGGAACGCGGCUUUGAUCUGGGAGAAGACCGUGUGUUGGAGCUAUCAUUGGACAUGAAGAUCGGGCUAUUGGACUACGACAUCAAGACGAAGAAGAAGGUUUUUGACCAAGGAACCUAUGACUGCGGGGUUUGUCUGGAGCCGAAGAAGGGUUCGUCGUGCUACCAAUUACCACGAUGCUCGCACGUCUUUUGCGUCCAAUGCUUGCAGGACUUUUACAACGACUGCAUCUCUUCGGGAGAUGUCAACGGCGUUAAAUGUCUUUCGCCAGGUUGUGGUCAAGAGAAGGAGAUACCCGGUGUCAAGCGCAAGAAGAAGCCAGACCGACUGCUUACGCCGAGCGAAUUACUCCAGAUCCCACUAGAGACGGCUAUGGUUCAACGAUAUGUCGAGAUGAAGCGGAAGAAGAAGCUCGAGUCGGAUAAGUCUACCAUCUAUUGUCCACGGACCUGGUGCCAAGGAGCUGCGCGAUCCAAGAAAUACCCCAAAAUCACCGACCUCUCUCAGAUUACCGAAUCGGACGACGAAGCAUCCGAUGACGAGACAGCUGUAGAGGAGAAGGCUAACCCCGGCAAAGAUGCCAAGCCUAAAGGAGCGCCCGAGACCGACCGCCUCGCCAUUUGCGAAGACUGCAACUAUGCAUUCUGUCGCGUGUGUAUGCAAGGCUGGCACGGCGAAUUCGUGCGGUGCUGGCCGCGCGAUGCGUCUGAACUCACAGAAGAGGAGCGAGCUUCGAUGAAUUACAUCCUCGCCCAUACCUCUCCUUGUCCGACCUGCUCAGUUCCUUGCCAGAAAUCGCACGGAUGCAACCACAUGUCAUGCUUUCAAUGCAAGACACACUUCUGCUAUCUGUGUAGUGCUUGGCUGAAUGCCGACAAUCCGUAUGAGCACUUCAAUCAAGAAGGCAGGCCUUGCUACCAGCGCCUUUGGGAGCUGGAAGAAGGAGACGAUGGCAACGGAAAUGUUCAUUUCAACGGUAUCCGGGGCGCAGAAGCUGCUGCUCAGAGGGCGGCGCAAGCUGCUGUGGAUAUUCAGAACCAGGAGAUUGAUGCCGCCGAGGAUCAAGAAAUACCACCACCGGCACCAGAGCCACCCGCUCCGCUUGUGCCUGCCCCUGUCUUUGCCCAACCAAACGGUCGACAGGCUGCUAAUCAAGUACCUCGCGAAAACGUCCGGCGCAAUCCACGGGAUCCUGGUCAAGAGAGAGCUGCACAUGGGGGUGGUGGUCGUUACCCACUAAUGGAGGCUAACCAGAUGGGGCUGCAGCGCUUUUUGCAGCUAGUCCGCGAUGAUGAAGAGGAUGAGUGGGAUAGCGAUGAGCUGGAAGACGAAGACGACGAAUUUGCUAUCCCAGAGCGGUGACAGAGCCGCAGCCCUUCGAGGGAGAGUCCUCAAAUACUUUCACCUGGGAUGGCUCGGUACUUUUUCGAAUGUGGCCGAAGUUGCAGGCAGGCCUCGACUUUCUAAGCUGCAACACCGGACUUUACAACGACUCCUAUGAUCACCCAAUAGACCGACAAGGUCGAUAUUGACCAGCUGCUUCUGCUGCGGAAGACUAUGGAUCUUCCGACAUACUCAGCUGGCGCGUUGUACUUGCAUCAACUAAUGAAAGAGCAUGAUGACGACGAUAUUGGGAAUGCUUUUACGACCGACCAUCACUUAGCGAGGCAUUUCAAAGGCGUUUGAUGGGAGGCUGCACAUUUUUGAGUGCAUCGGAAAGUCAAUAAAUAUUUUGGUGCGUCGUGGGUGAGGCUGCAACCCAGGCGUAGGUGGGUCCUUUUGAUAUCCCAGAGUCAGCUUUACAUUUCAAUACCAAUCUUCAAAUUUCU